AUGCCAACCGCGCCACUGGUGACCACCCGGUUCAGCAGCCAAGCUGACAAGGUAUACUUGCACCAGCUGGGAAGGAGCUUGCUGAAGGCGCUGCCCGUGCUGAUCUUCAUCUAUUGCCUGAUCCUCCUGGGCUUCUCGGGGCUGCUCUUCGUCGUGGAGAACCGAAGCAACCUCCACACCUACUACUACAGCAUGUGGCUGACCAUCGUCUCCAUGACGACGCUGGGCUACGGCGACGUCACCCCGAAGACCGACCAGGGCAGGCUGGUCAUCGGCUGCUGCGUCCUUUGCACGAUGUUCUACACGGCGAUUCCGCUCGGCAUCAUCGGUAACGCCUUCAACGACGUGUGGAAGAACAGAGAUCGCAUCUUGUUGAUGCAGAGGGCCCGGAAUGGCAUGAAGCAGGCUGGCUACACUGCCAAGGACGUCGGGAAGCUCUUCCGCAUCUUCGACAAGGACAGGGACGGGCUGCUGAAUCUCAAGGAGUUCAGCUGGAUGGUGGAGGGCAUGCGGCUCGGGCUGACGAGGGAGCGCGUGUACGAGCUGUACGAGCUCUUCGACGACGACGACAGCGGGGGCAUCGACGAGCGGGAGUUCGUCAGGGGACUCUUCCCCGAGCGCUACCACGAGCUCUACGGCAACAUGGACGCGAACGAGAGGCCCACGGACCGCGACCUGAAGCGGAACCACGACACGCUGAUGAGCGAGAGCGGCAACGAGCCCGGCCUCGUCCGGUCCGCGUCGGGGACGGCGGCCCGGCUAGGCAGGAGCACCCUGAGACCCGGUCGCUGAGGCGGCGGCGCCGCGCCCCGCGCACGCUGGGGCGGGCGAUGAGGAGGGCGGAUGUAAUUCCACGAGAGUGACGUGAGGUGAGAUCUGCAGCGAGGUGGACGUAUGUAUCUCCACGGAAGGGAGGACAUACCGUCCGCGCAGCAGCUUUCCCACCGAGCUUGCCCAGUCACUCGCUUGCUCCUCUUCGGAUCGGCAAUGGCCGCUCUCCAUUGGGAGGGCAAGGCGGUCAGCCGCAUCCUGUUUUUUGUUGAAUUCUCCAGCGCGAGCGCUCGAGCAUGUUUUUUCUUCCAGGCCCCCGCGCAGGCCGGCCAGAGGGCGGCUGAUUAGCGAGCAGCUGUCCGCCGCCCUCGCGUCGGGCCUCGCCCGAUCGCCUUCCUCCAACGACGGGUUGGGACGACGAGAGCUCCAAGGGGCCCGCCGCGUCGCUUCUCCUCUGGCGUCGCCGUUUGCGUCAUGGGCCCAGGGUGAGCCCACCGGCCAGGCAGCGGUGGCGUGGCAUGGCUGCCCUCCUCCUCCUCCUCCUCCUCC